UUCCCAGUAUUUCCAACUGUGACCUUCCGAGCGGUGCAAAGGGUAGCAUUAAACUCUAAUUUAGAGGCGGAGGCCAUUCUGACCCCGCGUGGAUCGCACUCCCCCGCCUCUCCUUGGCCGAUGCCGAUAUCCCCUCCCCAGUCCCCGCAGCCGGCAAGGAGGAUGCCCGAGCGCUGACCUCCUCGGUGGCCCCCCAAGGAGCUCCGUUAGCCCCCGGCUCCUUCUCCGCGGCCGGGAGGAGCCCCCGGGGCCGGGGGAGGGAGGGAGGCGCCCGCGCAUGCCUGCCGCCGGCCGUGCCCCCCGCCCGGGCUCGGCUGGGCUCCGCGCAGCCGUUGCCGGCAGGCAGGGAAGCUGCGCCCCCGCGUAGCGAUGCGCGCUCCCCUCCCCGGCCCAACCGGAGAACAAAGGGCCGCCGGUUGCCGCCUCCCGCCGCGCUGAGCCGCGCUGAGCCGCGCAGCCACCUGCUGCUCCGCGCCCGGCACCUCCCUGCGCGGAGCGGCGGCGGAGGAGGAGGAGGAGGAAGAGGAGGAGGAGGAGGAGGAGGAGGAGGAGGAGGAGGAGGAGGGGGAGGCGGCGGCCGCGCCCGCAGCAGCCGCGGGGAGCGGAGCUGUCCGGGGCCGCGGCCCUGUCCGUGGUGCUGCCGGGGGGAGCGGAGCCCCGGCUGCCGCCCACCCGCGGCUCCCCGGCGGAUCCCGACCGCCCGGCGCGGCGCGGCCGGCGGCCCGGGGCAUCCUGUUGCGCCGGGGCCGCGGCGAGGAGGGGAGAGAAGCAGCGUCUUCCGAAAGAGCCGCUGCCCAGGCUGAGAGUCGCUCCUGGCUCGGAACAAUGGCUGCGCUGCCAAGGCUGGUUUGUGCGUCUUCGGUCGUGUUGGUGGUCUGGGCUGGUUUUUGUUCUGCAGUAUGUGUUGAAGUCCCCUCAGAGACAGAGGCUGUCCAAGGAACUCACAUGAAGCUACUCUGCAUCUCCUGCAUGAAGAGGGAAGAGGUCACAGCCAGCACGGUGGUGGAAUGGUUCUACAGGCCGGAGGGUGGAAAAGAUGAACUUAUCUACAAGUACAGGGAAAAGAACCAUGAAUUUCCAAGCCGCUUCAGUGGUCGGUUACAGUGGAAUGGGAGUAAAGACAUGCAGGAUGUAUCCAUCACGGUGUUAAAUGUGACCUUGAACGAUUCUGGUAUCUACACCUGUAACAUCACCCGGGAGUUUGAGUUCGAGAUUCACCGGCCUCUCUUCACAAGCUCCAGGCUGAUCCACCUCACCGUGGUGGAGGAGGCUGGAGAAGACUUCACCUCGGUCAUCUCUGAAAUUAUGAUGUAUAUUCUGCUGGUCUUCCUCACCUUGUGGCUACUGAUAGAAAUGGUCUAUUGCUACAGGAAAGUCUCUAAGGCAGAGGAGGCUGCCCAGGAAAAUGCGACAGACUAUCUUGCGAUUCCAUCAGAAAACAAGGAAAACUGUGCCGUGCCUGUGGAGGAAUAGCAGAGAGGAGUCAGCGGAACGAACGGCACCAAGGGGCUCUGAAGACAGAAGGACCGUGUCAUGCCAGCCAGGUUUGAGGGGAGCUCUGCGCCGUCGGGAGGAAAUACGGGGAAGUGUAAAUUCUCUUCCAUUUGCCUUGGACCCUGUACAGCCUUGACUUUGGCCUCAUGACUCCAUUCUGAGCUGCCGGCCCAUUUGCUAAAGGACUCUUCUUUUGAAGCAUGCUGAGCAAAGGGCACACGGGUGUGGGCAGCACGGCUCCUUCCCAAGUUCCAGCCCCAUCAUCACGUUAAUGGCUUCGUAAAUGUUAAGUGUCAUUUCUUAGCUGCUGUCACCACCACCUUGAUUUGCUAAAUAUGCUAGUUCUCCAUUGCAGAGGUCAAGGGUAUGUAUGUUCUAUUACUCUGACCUGCAGGACUGGGAAUGAGGUCAUCUAAAGGUGAUGUUCCACAAUACGUUUCAGCCCAAGCAGUCUUGUUGAUGUUUAAACAGGAAGAAUUUAAUUAAUUAGUUGUUGCUCAGUAAGUCGCGAGUCUUUGGGAUGCCUGUGUACAGGCAGAGUAGGAUGAGGACUGGAAUGCAUGGGGACUGUUGAAAAUGUGUAGUAGGAAGGAUGUGCCAUGUUCACACUUGCUUCUGAAGGAGGGAGCCGGGAGUACAGAUCCUGAAGUACUCCUGCUUCGGGAGGCAGUAUGAUGUAAGUAUAAGAAUCCCCUGUACCUCCCCCCCUUUCACUGAGCAAGUGUCAAAAUUCUUAGUUCCUUCCAUUUGCCUUGCACAGCAGGUUUACUCCUCAAGUACGCAGAGGUGCAGUGAUAAGAAUGACCCAUGGAGCAGUGUUCUGCAACAACAGGCAAGCCAGUAGGAUGAGGUUUCCCGAAAGGAAAACAGCUCGAUGCAAGUAGGCAAGCAAAGUAAAUAGGAUGCACAGCCCUCCCAGGAAAAGGAUGGACAGCUUUGUAAAACGGUAGUGCUUUUUCUGUGCUAGUCUUCUCGUACUAUAUAGUGUAGCACCACCUAGAGGAAUAGGCAGAAAACGCUUAUUUUUUCCUAGUUAUUCGUAAUUCUUUCUUGUGAUAAUUAGUCACUGGCUUGAAUAGUCAGUAUUCAUCUUAAAUCAUCCACUGCUGCACAGGAAUCACGCUGUAAUUUCAGUGUUUCCCAUGCAAACUUACCUUUUCAAUUGUAGUGGAUCAAACAGCAAAACUUGUCCUCUGGUUUCAAAUACAGAUCAGUUUUGUUCAACAACUAGGAUUACAAGGAGGAAAAAAAAAAAAAAAAGGGGCAGAAACAUCGGCCAGGGUGGAAUUGUACCUUAAGACAGAAUAGGGGAAGGUUUGUUUUUUUUCAUAUAGCAGAUGUUGUUACAUCCCUGCUGCAAUGGAGCCUAUGCUGCUUGCAAGAGUUGACAAAUUUUGCUACCCUGACCGCUUCUAAAUAGUUACAAAGUGCUUGUGAAUCAAGGCAUGCUUUCCACCUGUGGAAUUUCCUCUGCUUUGUUCUGCUGCUUUUUAUGUGUUGCUAAAAUCACAGAAAUUACUCCAUUUGUAAGUCAGGCCCAGGCCAGAUUUCUAACUGGCAGUUGUUCAAAACUCCUUUUGUUAGAGUGGGUGUCAACUUUAGGAAACGACCACACUGCAGUCAGUCUUCACAGUAGGAUCGCUCUCAAGGCCAGAGCCCAGUCUGGCAGCUUGAGCGCAUUUUCCAGAUGAAGCACGCUUGUAGUCUGGGCACUGGUUCCUUAAAACCUAAAAGAGGAAAGAUUCAGCUGGAUGUCUUCACUUUCCCUAAACCAGUUUGCCUGACCUCGGGGCAAUUUGGGGCAUAAUCCUAACUCUAAACCCGCAGCACCAGAGGAGGGACUCGAUUGUAACUCCAGAGUUUCCGUCACUGACCACUGCAUUGCUGCCCCUGGUGAUUUUUAGGUAAGGUCACGUAACCUCUCUCCCACUUCAGCUCUGCUCUUCGGACCCCGUCUGGUGUCACAAUGUUAAGUCAAAAAAGGAGUAAACUAAGAACUUCUUGAGAGCUACCUCAGGUGGUAAAGAGGGGCUGUCCUCUAGUCCUGCACCUUCCGGUAUCUUACGUGCAUCAUCUUAAGAUGCUUUUCUUUGGACGUAUUUUCACUCUUCUGGUUCCUGCAGACAGAUACGACUAUUGCCCUGUGUUUUUCUAGGCAGGAGAAAAUGGUGUGUAAAUUUUGCUGAAGAUUCUCAUAGCAAAAAAAAAAAAAUUAAAAAUUGGGGAUUUUUCAAGGGUGGUGUUAAAGGCAGGCAGUGUUCUGGAGAGAUGGUCCUGGUUGGUCUCUGCAAAUACUCUCUCUGUAUUUGGAAAUUACAGAAGAGACUUUAGAAUAGGCAGGAUAAUAAAAAGAACAAAGCACUCACGAA